CUUUUCGCUGAUAACUCAACAACCACACAUCCUAGAAAGGAUUUGACAGUACGACUGCAUUCUUCUCACCAAGGCGCAUAAUAUGUGAGAGUUUGGGAAUUUUAUUCGUACAAAUCGUUGACUUGGAGGGGGGUCGGCGACCGGGACACGGAAAAUCCCAUACAAAAAGAGUCUUGACCUCAACGAACACGGGCUUUUACGGGCAUCUAUACCAAGGCUAACUCUAUGAGAAGCUAUCAGGUCAUUCCUAGCCUCAAACGCCCUUCUAAUUGAUACAUAAUCGCUGAAGCUCUAUCACCAAAUUCUCUACCUACCGACUCCAGCAUAUUCCUAAUUUCGCCCGAGCUCGCACCUCCGAGACUCUCCGCAACACAAUCCACAACACCAUGAACGCGGUCCCACGGCGUAUAUCGCCGCUCCUCCACCCAAAGAAUUUCAAUCGGACACACAUAAGCACUCAAAUCUCGAGAGGCUUCAAGAUUUCCGCCUCUCGGCGCGCCCUCGAUCUCGCGUUCGAUUACCACGAGAAUGGCGGGAAAGCCACCGGCGCACCUAUCGUGUUUCUGCAUGGGUUAUUUGGGAGCAAGAAGAACAAUCGGAGUAUGAGCAAGGCUCUAUCAAGAGACCUCGACAGACCCGUCUACGCGCUUGACUUGCGGAAUCAUGGCGAUAGCCCUCACGACAAGAACCACAAAUACACAGCCCUAGCAGACGAUACGGAGCAGUUCCUGCAACAGCAUAACUUGAAGGAUGCCACGCUGAUUGGACAUUCAAUGGGCGCCAAAACAGCCAUGACAGUCGCGCUGCGGAAUCCGGAUAGCUGCGCGAAUAUCAUCGCAGUGGACAAUGCGCCGGUAGAUGCGGCGCUCGCGAGUGAUUUCCCGAAAUAUGUCAUGGGAAUGCAGAAGGUUGAGGAGGCAAAGGUCAAGACGGCGAAAGAGGCGGACAAGAUUUUGGAGGCGUAUGCGAAGGACCUUCCCGUCCGCCAGUUCCUCCUCCUCAACCUCAUCAAGUCGCCCGAUCCUUCCGUAGACCAUCUCGUCUUCCGAAUACCGGUUCGCAUCCUGGGGCAUUCGCUGGAUGAUAUGGCCGACUUCCCUUUUACAGAUCCGGACAAGCAUCAGUUUACAAAGCCGGCGCUGUUUGUGAGAGGCACGAAGAGUCAUUACGUGAGUGACGAGACACUCCCGAUCAUUGGGCGGUUCUUCCCGCGGUUUCAGCUUGUGGAUGUGGAGUCUGGACAUUGGGUCAUUAGUGAGAAUCCGGAGGCUUUCAGACGAGCUGUGGUCGAAUUCUUGCAGGAGCAGGACUGAUUGUGUACACCACAACUGUCAGUACAUGUAUACUUUAAGAAGCCGUCAGAAGACGGCGGUUUGUACACACACGAGCGGUAAACUACUCAUCAUAGCCUUGAAUCUAUAUUGUCCGGCCUCAGCAUCCAGAGCGGCCACGUUGCUAUCCAAAUCGCUCACGACUGUUCGAAGACAAGCCUCGCUCACGGCGUUACACAUCUUGCACCCUGCCUCAUUGAUCAAUCUAGAUGCAAUGGUAUCAGCCUGAGCGACUUCCAGUAUCACAAUUGG